AUGGCCACCCUGAGUGAGCCAGAGAAAGAGGGAGAUGAAAAUCUCCAGGAGGAGAGUGAGGAAGUGAGAAAGGAAGAGAUGAAGAGAGAGAUGGCAGUCAAGCAGGAGAAAGAGAGAGAGGAGUUGAGACAGAAAGAGAGAGAGGAGUUGAGGAGGGCUGCCGAGAAUAUCACCUGGACGUCCAGUGAUGAGAAGGAGUACGACAACAGCGAAAGCGACACUGACUCGGAUGAUGUCUGGAUGGACGAGGAGGAGAAGGAGGUCAUUCUAGCAGCCAGGAAGAAACAGAGGGAGGAGAGAGAAAAGAUGCAGGCUGAACUGAACAAAGAGGAGGAUGGAAAGAGAGGAGUGGCAACACUGAGUGAAGAAAUGGAGAAAGAUGAAGCUGAAAAACUCCAGGAAGAGAGCAAUGGAGUAAGAAAGGAAGAGAUGGAGGUAGAGAUGGCAACCAAGCAGGAGAGAGAGAAGAUGCAGGCUCACCUGGACAAAGACGAGAACGAAGGAAAGAGAAAUGUGGUGGAAGUGGUGAAGCUGGGGGGGGCAUCUGAGAUGUGGGUCUGGAUGUCCAGUGAUGAGGAGGAUGGCGACAGCGAAAGUGAGAUGGCCUUUGACCAUCUCUCGACUAAACUGUCAGCCAACAAUAAAGAGGAGGAGGUGGAUGAAGAGAGAAAGAAAGAUGAGGAAAUGGAGAGACUGAGAGAAGAGGUAAAAAGGAAAGAGAUGGAGGUGAAGAAAGAGGAGAGAAAGAAUAGAGAAACUGAAGAGAUGAUGAGAGAGCAGGAGAAAAAGAAGAAACAGAUUCAGGAGAAAAAAGAAGAGAGAGAUUGA